UGUGUGUGUGCGCUGCCCAUGUAGUGGUUAAAUAACGCCUGUUCUAUUUUCCCCAAAAGAAUAAGAAAAUCGACAAUUUGUCAUAGAGUCGGUCGCCUUUAAAUUCACCGAGUGUGUGUGUGCGUGCGUGAGUGUAUGUGUGUGUUUUGCUGUGGGGAGCGAACGUGGCUGCCGUUGUCGCAAUUGUCAUAUGUGUGAUGAGCACAUUUUUUGAGGCUGAGCACAGUUUCUGACGAGCGGUGUUCAAAAUAUCAACCAACGUAACUACGAUCGCGCUUACGAUCUUCCGUGAAUUGAACAGCAAAAAAACACAACAACAAAAAAAACAAAAUUUACAAUAAAUCACAACAACAAGUUAAAAGUGAAUUAAAAAAAAAAAACAGAAACAAAACAAAAUAACAAGCCUUUAAAAAAACAACAUAAAAACCAAUUGAAAUUGGGAAACAACAAAAAACCUCGAACUCGAACAACAGACGGGGUUUGGAGGUUUUUUUCCAUUUGUUACAUUUAAUUUUGUUGUGCUAAAUAUUCGGAAAAAUCAAAACAUUAAAUGAAAACCGUUUAAAAAGAUUGCUGUUUAUUUUUUUUUUUAUCCCCACCAACAAAAACCAACACCAACAACAAAAACUCCAUUACCGCAGACGAUCAGACAGUCAUCCAUUCCACGGCAAAAUGGAAGAUUACUGGGGUUUAAGUGACACAAAUGAUAUAAAUUGUACACAGCCUGCUAUAGAUGAUUUUCCACGGGAUUUAUUCACCGAGGCCCAGAGACAGUCGGGUGCUGUUGUACUUCAUGUUAUAGCCAGUUUAUAUUUAUUCGUAGCCUUAGCUGUAGUAUGUGAUGAAUAUUUUGUGCCCGCCGUGGAAAAAAUAUGUGCAGCCCUUAAUAUGUCCAAUGAUGUUGCGGGAGCCACAUUCAUGGCCGCUGCUACUUCAGCUCCAGAACUUUUUGUAAAUGUGAUAGGUACAUUUAUUACAGAGGGUGACAUUGGUGUGGGCACCAUUGUGGGCUCAGCUGUCUUUAAUAUUUUGGCAGUGGCGGCCUGUUGCGGCAUUGGAGCCGGAAUGACAAUACCCUUGGAUUGGUGGCCAUUGACACGCGACAGCAUAGCUUAUGGUUUUACCGUGGCCGUUUUGAUCUGUGUAAUGCACGAUGAGCGCGUUGAAUGGUACGAGGCCUUGAUAUUGGUGUCUCUCUAUGCCGUCUAUUUAGCCGUUAUGUAUUUUGACAAGACCUUUCAAAAAUGUGCCAAGGGUGGUGUUAAACAAGCUCGUUCACGCAGCCGCUCCUCCAAUUGUAGCAUACAGACCAAGAACAGCAAUGACAAAGAACCAGAAAUUGUGGAGAAUCGCAUAUGUCACAACUUAUCUACAAUUCAAUUGAACGGUGGGGUGAACAACGAAUCAGCCAAAGCACCGACAUCCACAACACCGGCCAUCGCCACCACCUGUAUAAGUAACACCAUAACCACCACCAUUUCCACGGUGUCUACAAACAAUUCCGGUUGUGUUGUGAAAUCUCCACCGGCAACAACACCAGAAAACACAGAUGUUGAAGCUCCGACUGCUACAGCCAACGACACAGCCUCAACAAAUGGCGAGGAGGAGGAAGAGGGCUAUUCCCUGCUAACAUAUCCUUGGGGCAAGAGCUGCUUUGCCCAGUUCACAUGGAUUAUUAUUUGGCCAAUACAUUUGCUAUUCCGCAUUGCCAUACCGGAUUGUAAAAAAGCCAAGAACAAUAAAAUCUUUCCACUGACAUUUGUGAUGUGCAUAGUUUGGAUUGGAUCGCUGUCGUAUGUGGUUGCAUGGAUGAUAACAAUAAUUGGCGAUACUUUAAAAAUUCCCGACUCAGUUAUGGGCAUUACAUUCUUAGCGGCCGGUACAAGUGUGCCCGAAGCGGUUUCCAGUGUCAUUGUAGCCAAACGAGGUCAUGGCUCCAUGGGUAUUUGCAACUCAAUUGGCUCCAACACCUUUGAUAUCCUACUGUGUUUGGGUGUACCAUGGCUCAUCAAAGCUGUCUUCUUCCCCAUUCAGCCAGGUCAAAAUUAUGUUGGCAUUAAUUCCGCUGGCUUGGAAUAUUCUGCCAUAACAUUGCUCUCCACCCUGUUUCUUUUGUAUUUGACCUUCUCCUGCAACAAAUUUAAACUGGAUCGAAAAGUGGGCACUGCCUGUCUGGUGAUAUAUUUGGUAUUCCUGGUGUUUGCCUCCUUGAUCGAAUUGAACGUCUUCUUCCGGGUGAAUUUGCCAACAUGUGGCAGAUCGUGAAAAGCUUCUACAAUGCUCUGAACAUGGCAGCUCGGAGUGUGCAGAUACUAAUGCUAAUGUCGUUUUGUUAAGUUAAGGUAUCAGUUAAAACAAAAUCGAUUUAAGUCCAUUUAUUUGCAACAACAACAACAAAAGAAGAAGAAGAAGAACCAAAUCAUCUGUAGAACGCAUAACACACAAUCAGCAGAAGAGCAAGUCCUUACAACAAAUGACGUUUAAGGUCAUCGAACAGGAAUUUCACGUAACGCGCACCCAAACCUAAACCCACACAACACCAACACCAACAAAGAUAUAAUUCUAAUCUAAAAACCGAAAGAGAAUCAUUGUUUAAGUCUAUUUUAAGUAUUAUUAUUAUUCCAUCUUGGGAUCUUGUUGUAGCAACAACUUUUUUCUUGUCUUCGCAGAUGUCCUGAUUAUGCACCUGUCUCGAAAUUUAUCAUUUAUUAUAAAAAAUACAUGAAUGCAUAUUAAAUAAUAUAUAGACCGCCCCAAAAA